AUGAAAGUCAAAAUAAACGAAGUUCAUAGUGUGUUUGCCUGGUCGUGGCACAUCCCUAGCAUAUCGGAUGAAGUCAUAGGCAAUGAGGUUCCGAAUGAAAACGAUGAAGACGAAGAUGUUUGUGGUAUAUGUCGCGCCAGUUAUAACGGAACAUGUCCAAGCUGUAAAUAUCCAGGAGACCAAUGUCCCUUGGUGAUUGGGGUAUGUCACCAUAACUUCCAUGAUCACUGUAUAUAUCGAUGGCUGGACACUUCAAACUCUAAAGGACUAUGUCCGAUGUGUAGACAGACGUUUCAGCUACAAAAAGGUCUGGCAAUUAACGAUGCUCAUAUUCAAAAGUUUGUUGAUAUAGUUUCAAGAAGGAGGGAAGAAAUGAUAGAAGAGGGCGUCGCUGAAGAUUUUGUGAACUUUGAUGAGCCAAUGCGGCAGAACACAGAUAGCGCAAUAGAAAGACAACAGAUCGAUACUGUCCUGGAUGAAGACUUCUUGUUGAGGUGA